UGAGGCGCGGCGGGCGGCGGUUUCAAUCCGGGCGGGCAUGGCGGUGCUGCGGCCUUUCGACAAGCUCCCGGCGCUCAACUCCGCCGCCUUGCUGCUGGUGGGUACGGAUGAAGAGCUGCAGCAGAAGCUGGCGCAGGAGAUCCUCCGAGAGAAGAAGAGCUUCAAGAUCAGCAUUCACCUGGCUACAUCCCUCCCCUUACCUUCAGAGAGGGAUCACCUUCGGCCCAGGAUUGAUCUGCUUGUGUUUAUGAUUGACAUCAAGAGCAAGUACAGCUUAAAGAAUGUUGAAGAUUCCCUAGCUUAUGUGGAUGCCAGCUUCUUCCUGGGGAAAGUGUACUUUCUUGUCACUGGGGUUGGCAGGGUGAAUUCCUGCAGCGUGGAGAUGAAUGCCAUCUGGAAACUGGGAGAAGCUUACUGCAGUCCUGUGCUAUUCUGUGAGUUGGAGUUGGACGGGGUUCGAGUUGCCACUGCUCAGAGACUUCUCCGAAUACUAGAGAUCUGUGCUGGUCAUGUACCAGGAGUUUCUGCUUUGUCCUUUGGCUUACUGAUGAAGAACUCUGCUGAUUACUAGCUUCUCAUUGUGAGAAUUCAGCCACAUUCAUCAGUUUUUUCACUUCAGGCAUUCAAGCUGCCUGCAGUUGGAAUCACACUGGGAAGCUUUUUUGCCUGACUCGUCAUGACUACUCAUCCAGAGCUGUUCCUAGUUGGUAAUCUCUCAUGAAAGGCUUGAUUUGUGUUCAGUGCAUAACAUCUAGGUGCAGGGGGGGACGCUGGUUUGAAUUGGGGAUUUCUAUCCAUGAUUCCAUCUGAAUUCCAUUUCUUCAUUGGGUUUGAGUUUCAUCCACUUUGCCAGUGGCCAGGAGCUAUAGGUUUUCCUGAGAUAGUAUCAGAACAGGCCGGUAUCCCAGAUGCCACCUGUCACUGUUGAGUAUCUUCAUUUCAGCAUCCCCAAAGUACUGGAGAAAAGGCAGCAGGCUCCUGCUUCCUUUCAGAUUAAAUCCAGCACCUUGGACUAAUGUGAAACCUCACAGCCAGGUUUUGUCUCCCCACCAAGAGGAAAAUAGGGAAGGAAGGCUGUCCUGCAGCUUCUAGAUAGACUGCAGUUGGCCACUAAUGAUCCAGCUGUGUGAACAUCUGCUCAGUGAAGGGCUCAGUGUUUCUGUGUCUGAUACCUAAUUGGGGAGGAAGGGCUAACGAAAAUAAUCUAGCACUCCAGCUUUAUUUUACAUCUUUAAAGAAAUAGGCUCCAUCUAGCAAGCUCAGGAUAACAAGCAACCCGAGUCUCUCAAGCCCAGGAUGACCUUACCAGCCCAGCCUCUGGGGCUGACCAGAGAUGAAAUACAGCAGACUGGACUACAGCAACAUAUAGAAAACACAUGUUGUCUCUUGGAAGUUGGGCCUAUGCUGUGUGUAAUCCUGUAACUAACAAGUUCUUAUCAGCAGUAAUUCAUGCCUUAUUCUUACUGCAAGUCAGUGUAUUUUGGAGUUCUAAGUUAAUAAAAUGUGUAAUAUUUGUUGUA